CUCUAUAUAUAGACUAUAUAUUAUAUGGAUCUAGAAUAUAAUAUAUACAUAUAUAUAUAAUAAAUAUAUAUAUAUAAUAGUCUAUAUAUACAUCUAUGUCUAUAGGCUAGAAACUAUUAAGACCCCAAAUACUAUGACUAUGUAACCAACUCUCUCUAUUUAUAUAUUAUAAUAUUAUAUCAAUCAUUAUUAAAUCCUAUUCAAGUUAGAAAACUCUGCAUGAAAACAUUUCUUUUCUGUGUACGUGUAAGCAGCUGUGCAGUCCCAUUGUUCAGGAUCGUAAAACAAGUUCAGAGUUCAAUAUCCAAUUUACAUUCAACUGGUUUAGCUUACAAAAUGGAUCUAGAAAAUUUUAAGCCAUUCCCAAAUUUCUCUACUGAUGUGUUACAUGAAGGCCAAGAACCUGAACAAUGGAAAUCUAUGGCAGUUAUACCCCCAAUAACUACAGCAACAACUUUUAAACAAUUUGCUCCAGCAGAACAUUCCGGGUUUGAAUACGCACGAAGUGGUAACCCAACACGUACUUGUCUUGAGAAAUGUCUGGCUGCUUCAGAGGGAGCAAAACAUGGCUUGGCCUUCUCCUCUGGGCUUGCUGCAACAAUGACAGUCACUCAUCUCUUGAAGAGUGGAGAUCAUAUCAUCAGCAUGGAUGAUGUUUACGGAGGAACCAAUCGUUACUUUCGUAGAUGUGCUGCCAAGCUGGGACUUGAGAUCUCAUUUGUUGAUUGCACGCAGAUCAAGAAUGUCAUUGAAUCCAUCAAGCAAAAUACUAGAAUGGUCUGGAUAGAGACACCAACGAAUCCGACUAUGAAACUUGUAGACAUUGCUGCUGUCUGUCAGGCUGUCCGGGCAGAGUCAGAAGGUUGGGCCACACGUCCAUUUGUUGUUGUUGACAACACAUUUAUGUCAGCUUAUUUUCAAAGACCUUUAUCCCUUGGGGCAGAUCUAGUCAUGCAUUCGUUAUCUAAAUAUAUGAAUGGUCACAGUGAUGUCAUAAUGGGAGCUGUGCUUUUAAACAAUGAUGCAUUAGCAGAGCAACUUCGCUUCUUUCAAAAUGCUAUUGGAGCUGUACCAUCACCAUUUGACUGUUACUUGUGUAAUAGAGGCAUGAAAACAUUGGCAGUAAGAAUGAAGGAACACAUGAAAAAUGGACUGGCUGUGGCAGAGUUUUUGGAGACUCAUCCAGCUGUAGAGAAAGUUGUCCAUCCAGGGCUUCCUUCUCAUCCACAAUAUGAGCUGGGAAGGAAGCAAAUGAUUGGAUACUCUGGCAUGCUGAUAUUUUUUAUAAAAGGUGGACUAGAAGCUUCUAGAACAUUUCUUAAAUCAUGCAAGAUUUUCACCUUGGCUGAAAGUCUUGGUGGAUUUGAAAGUCUCUGUGAACUACCGUCAUUGCAGACUCAUGCUUCAGUUCCUGAGGACCAAAGAGCAGUGUUAGGUAUAACAGACUCUCUUAUUCGCUUGUCAGUUGGUCUUGAAGAUGUUGAGGAUCUAAUGAAAGAUCUGGACCAGGCUCUUAGAAUAGCUGUCAAGUGUUAAAUGCUGCAUCCAUAUCUUCCAUAGCACAAUAUAUUCUAAAUUAUUUCUUUAUAGAUGUUCUUUAUAUAUACUUCAACCACCAGAUGAGACUUUAUCUCCUAACUAGUUACCAUUGAAUAGUUCAACUUAGUCAACACAAUCAACUUUUGUUUUGUCAUUUCAUGCUAUAGUCAACAAACAUUUUGUUACUUAAAUCAACUAGAUUGUACUCAAGAAUGUUUUUUUUUAGUCCAAAGCAUUGAAUGAUUCAAACCUUCAAUUUAAUCAGUAUUUUUACUGAGUUCCAUAAUAUUCUGUUGUACAAUCAGCAUUCAUUUUUCUUUCUGAUGAAGGAAAUUCAGCCAGCUUUCACUUAAUUGCACAUUAUGGCAUGUUUAAAUCAAACAAUAUUUCUUAUAUCAUGCUAAAUGUUUUGACAUUCAGUGAAAAAUACAUACAGUAAGAGCAUCUCUUCUGUAAAAAAAAAUGUAAUAGUAUAAUAUUUUGUCCACUAGUUCAAUAAAAAAUGUAAUAGUAUAAUAUUUUGUCCACUAGUUCAAUAACAAGAGAUGGUAUAAUAACAGCCUUUGCAUAACUUGGAAUUUUUUUUUGGAAUUUAGUGGUUUAAAAAAAAAAUGUUUCUUUGUUAUACCCUAAUGUUUGCCCUAUUUGUAUUCAAUUGUAUAUGAAACAUUGAGAGCUGGAAAUGAGGGUACACUAAAAUAAUGUGUAGUGAAAUAUUUGUGACAAGUUUUUAAAUACACUAUCAAUGUUGAAAUGUUACAUACACACCGGUGAGAUUUUGUCUGUACUUUCAAUGGCAAUUAGGUUCAAUUUGUUUGAAUAAACAGCGCCUUUUUUAUUUUGAAGACAAUAUCUGAUUUCAGUUUAACUUUACAGCCAUGCAGCACUAAGAUCUGAUUUCAGUUUAACUUUAUAGCCAUACAGCACUAAGAUCUGAUUUCAGUUUAACUUUAUAGCCAUACAGCACUAAGAUCUUAUUUCAGUUAAACUUUAUAGCCAUGCAGCACUAAACUGUUUCUCUUUAGAAUCUCUGUAUGUCACUGUUGUCUGGGUAGUAAAAUUGUUUCCAACUAAAAACCACUGGUUCUUGACUACCUCAACUUCGAUAUUUUUUUAAACUAUCACAUUUAUAUAGCAGCUCUACAGAUUUAAACAUUAAAAUAAAGCCAUUCUUAUAUCUUUUACAUCAUUUCAAAGUCUUGCAAUAAAUGUAUUCAUUCCAACUGCACAAUAAAACAACUUUUUGUCUCCGCUGGCUGGUAGAUAGAAACUGAAAGUAUUUUCUUGAGAUAUAUUUUUUUUUCUUCUUGGUAUUUUUUUUUAUAAGUAUAUCAUCUAUUAUCCAGUAUCAUACAUGAGUAACCCUACAAAAGCUUGAAGAAGGAAAUUGUUUCUAAGUUCUGAGAGGAAUCCCAAAAACAACAUCUGCUGUUUGGGUGCACACUUGGGCAUUAUCUAGGCCUGAUAAAGCUCUGAUAGCACAUUGUAGGGCAUUAUCUAGGCCUGAUAAAGCUCUGAUAGCACAUUGUAGGGCAUUAUCUAGGCCUGAUAAAGCUCUGAUAGCACAUUGUAGGGCAUUAUCUAGGCCUGGAUAGAGCUCUGAUAGCACAUUGUAGGGCAUUAUCUAGGCCUGAUAAAGCUCUGAUAGCACAUUGUAGGGCAUUAUCUAGGCCUGGAUAGAGCUCUGAUAGCACAUUGUAGGGCAUUAUCUAGGCCUGGAUAGAGCUCUGAUAGCACAGUGUAGGGCAUUAUCUAGGCCUGAUAAAGCUCUGAUAGCACAUUGUAGGGCAUUAUCUAGGCCUGGAUAGAGCUCUGAUAGCACAUUGUAGGGCAUUAUCUAGGCCUGGAUAGAGCUCUGAUAGCACAUUGUAGGGCAUUAUCUAGGCCUGAUAAAGCUCUGAUAGCACAUUGUAGGGCAUUAUCUAGGCCUGGAUAGAGCUCUGAUAGCACAUUGUAGGGCAUUAUCUAGGCCUGAUAAAGCUCUGAUAGCACAUUGUAGGGCAUUAUCUAGGCCUGGAUAGAGCUCUGAUAGCACAUUGUAGGGCAUUAUCUAGGCCUGGAUAGAGCUCUGAUAGCACAGUGUAGGGCAUUAUCUAGGCCUGGAUAAAGCUCUGAUAGCACAGUGUAGUUUGGAUCAUUGCUUUCUAUUUUAACAUUUCAAGUCAAAAAACAACCCAUGGUGUCAACACUGCAGGCAGGAAGAGGAAAUCAGCUCUCAUGUUUGUUAGUCGGGUCCUGGUUGGACAGGUAGGGGAAGUCACUUGCUCUUGACUUAUCUGGCAGAAUGCACACUUUAGUACAACUUCAGAGUUUCUAUGCAGGGUUUUUAAAAGAAAGUAUUUGAGCAUCUUAUGAUGAUAAUUAGCCAUCCUAUCUUUUUUUCUCCACAUAUAUUACAGCUCAUUCUCCUUUAUUUUGGAAAAAAUAAAAGGCCAUUCAUUGUAUUAUUGUUAUCUUUACGAAUUUUUUUAUAAUGUGGAUAUUUAUAAUUUAUUUGUACAAAUAUUUAUCAAAGCAAAUGACAUUAUAGCUAAAUGCUAAGAAAAGCUUUACCAAAAGUAUCAUCAGUAAAAAAAAAAAAUAUAUAGUUCAGUAAAAUGAAGAAGUAAUUAGCAGUGUAAGUCAUUGUACCAUGGAAUCAUGUCAUUAAUGAGUGGGUUUUGUUUUCACUUCUACAACAUGUUUGCCUUGAUGUGGGAUUACAGAAUAAACAAAUGUUCUGGAGA